AGCUCCGUUGGUCGAGGGAGCCAUGGAGGAGAGAGCUGAUCAACGAGAGCAGGAGAGACCCAGCCUUCGUCUGGAAAAGCUACAGCACUGGGCAAGGCAUAGGUGGAGUGGGCACCUCCUGGUGCUGGCGGUGAGCCAGCUAUGGCUGGCAGUGGCUGUGGUGCCCUUUGCUGUCUCAGUUGCUUGCUUGAACUCUGCCUGUCAUAUGGCCACAGCACUGCCACUUGGGCCUGGAGCAUUGGGUCUCCUCACUGGGAUUAUUACCCUUGAGCUGCGCAGAGCACCCCGCCUCUGGAAGCUGGCCGGCUUGCUGGUGCUGGAGCUCAGUGCUGAGGCCUUCACCCUAGGAGGAGUGCUGGUCUCAGCAUACUCCCUGUUCCUGCUGAGCCAGAGGAAGCCAGGAUGCUGCAGGAGCCAGAGUCAGCACUACCAGGAGCUGCAGGAGGGUCUCUCUGAGUUGGAGGAAGUUCCUGAUUUGGAGGAUGGUCCCAGGGUGGCUAGCACAGCAAACGGAACAAAUGAGUGAGCUGGCAAGGGGAAGCAGACAGGUGCUGCUCUCCCGCCCUGCGGGAGCAUCGUCCAAACUCUCCUGCACCCCACCGCACUGAACUCAGAAGCUAGAUGGAGUCCCUUGAGACCUACAUGAAGUCCAGCGGAGUGCCUUCGACUUUCACUCACACUAGGCCCCUUUCUAGACUGUAGACCAGAGUCUUCCCUCACCUCACCGCCCUGCAAAGCUGCCCGCUUGCAGGGCAUCCUUAAGCCAACUUUGAGCUAUGCCCACUUCUUCCCUUCCAUCCUUACCCUCCUUCCCCGCCGCCUCCCUAUACAACUUCACAUCUGCCUCAUCUCACUAUUUCUCUUCUUUCCACCUUUCACAAUCUCAUCCUCUCCAAGCCCGGUUCCUGGAAACGCCUACUCUCUGAAAUCAAUUCAUGGGUGCUUUAGUUCUCUCCCUUGGAUCCUUUCUACUGUAACGGAGACUACAAGUCCCAGGAGGCCCCGCUGCCCCGU